AUGGAGGCCGUCGAUGUCCGCUACUGCUCGUGCUGCGGCUGGCCGGUGCAUUAUUGCAAGUAUCGAAAGCCGUCAAAGCAAGCAGAGCUGGGGUGCGAGGCCGUGCUCAAGCGAGAGGACGAGGCUCUAUGGGCACUUGUCUAUCCGCACCUUAAUAGAGAUGAUGUGAACGACAAUGCUCCGGACAAAGUUGAAAGUGAAGGGCCAGAACAGCAUGAAAAGACUGAAGAGGAGGCCGAAGAAAGUGAGGAGGAAGGUGAGGAAGAGGAAGAUGCCGCAAGAGAUAAUGGCAUCACCUGCUUUGCAUACGAUAAGGCAAAAGUUCCUCCCUUCGGUGUCCCGAUAAAGCCUCACGUAAAGAGGCAGGAGGGAUACGUCCCAGUUUUGCAAAUACGGUUCGCUAAACGGGGAAACAAGAAGGGUGUGACACAGGUAUUCAACUAUGAAGACUUUAGCAUUGAGCCGAAAAACAUAAUGAUAACGUUGCGCAAAGCCCUUGCGUGUGCUGUUUCUGAAACAGUCUUGGACCAAUUGGGCGGGGACAUUAUAACCAUUCAGGGAAAGUAUACGAAGGAGGUUGCAGCCAUCUUCGUUGCAGCUGGGGUUCCCAAGGAGAACAUUUUCUACGCUAACACUGGAAAGAAUUCUAGACGCAAACGCAAGUGA